AAGGAGGUUGGGGUGAGGGCGUCUGAUGAUUAUGAUAAGAGCGAGGCUAAAUGCGUUAGUAGAGAGGACGAGGCGGCGGGAGGCAGACAUGGCGGGCGUUCGGAGCGUGCUGGGGCGUAUCCUCUGUCUGGUAGUGUGCCUUACGCCAGGUCUGGCGCAGAACAUCACGCAAUUCGCCUACGACUACGCCCCCUACCUGCGCUUCGACAGCAAGGCGGGCUCGGGGGAGCGGUGCUUCCCGCAAGCGGCUGCGGAGUACUACGAGGCGCGGCUGGCGGGGGACUGGUCCCGCAAGUGUAACACUAACUACACCUCUCUGGAGGCCGGGGAGGUGCCCACCUACUGGCACGCCCUCACCUGCGGAUACCACCUGCACAUAGCCUACUGGAACUUCUACGGCUACAACCACAACUGUGACUGUUGCUCCGGCGAGAGAGACGCUUGGUGGGAGUCUAUUGUCAUCAAGGUUCGCGACUGGGAGCUGAGCCCACACCUGCACGAGGUCAUGUUUGGUCAGAAGAAAGGUUGGUACACACGGAUCCCGGGGCACUAUGAGACGCAAGGCACCAGUCACCCUGUCGCUUACGUGGGCAAGAACAACCACGGCGCCUACCAUGACGACGGUGGCACUGGCUCCUGUUGCUACUAUGAAGACUACCGCAACCCAGGCAGCCCUGACCAGUCCCUGGAGACUUGGGUGAACCUGGUGGAGCUGCGUCAGGAGGACGGGGCCGAGGACUGGAUGGGUGACCCUAACAGCGAUGUGUGGAGUGGCAUCCUUCCUCCAACCUUCAGGACGGACUGGGACCUGUGUGCUCUCACCAGCUGCACUGGUUCGACUCUCCAGGUGUGUGGCACUUGUGGGUGCCACAAGAGUGACACUGGAGACGGACCAUUCUAGUCUGCUUCCUAUACCUGUAACUGUCAACAUGUGUGGCUUCCAGACCUGUAAAAUUUUGAAAUUACCUGCCUCCAUUCACAGUUUCAACAUGGGGGGAAAUGUUAGAACCCAAUAGGCUCGGGAACCUGUACACCAUUUGAUUGACAGUUGCGAGGCGGGACCGAAGAGUCGAAGCUCAACUUCAACAAGAACAUUUUACAUUACCACAAUUAUGUGAAUACAUCAACAGUCUCCACACCAGGCAUUCCCUUCCCACAUCAGGCAUUCCCUUCCCACAUCAGGCAUUCCCUUCCCACAUCAGGCAUUCCCUUCCCACAUCAGGCAUUCCCUUCCCACAUCAGGCAUUCCCUUCCCACACCAGGCAUUCCCUUCCCACAACAGGCAUUCCCUUCCCACAACAGGCAUUCCCUUCCCACAUCAGGCAUUCCCUUCCCACAUCAGGCAUUCCCUUUCCACAUCAGGCAUUCCCUUCCCACACCUGUAAUCUCCCGCAGCAGCUCCUCUAUAUGGCUAAUUUUGGGUGCUCCAUAUCUUCCUCGUCGAGGCUUAGGGCCCCGACAACCUCAUCCACCCACCUUUCAUACACACUGAAAGACGGUGAAUUACUCAUAGUUCGAAAUGGAGAGGAAAAAUCAUCAGGGCAAAUGACGGAGGGGGGGGGCAACACCACCAUUGACAAGCCACCGGCUUCCUGUCCUCGUCGAUGCCACUAGUGUUAGUGGCCCCUCAGGUAAAUUCAGGUAAAAUCCGGUAGAGGACAUCAGCAGCACAAGGUAUCCACACCAGUAUUUAGCCUCGUCAAGAGCAGAACUAACUGCAAUCUAACAGAGGAAGCUGUUUACGUUAUACUUUACAGAGGUUAACACAAGAUCACUAGGGAGAAAGUGUACAUUGUACCUUAUAUAUAUUUUAGUUAUGCCUAACUUUACUCGUCAUUUUUUUCAUUUUCUUUGAUUUAAUCAAACUCAUUACAAAGAAAACGUUAUCUCCAAUAAAGUCUACCCUAAA